AUGCGGGUUCAAACAGUCAUUGCCUCUGUCUUCCUCGGCGUCGGCAUAGCCACAGCGGCAGAAACUUGUGAUAACAGCUAUUCUGAAAAGGACUGUAACUGGGAAGGCACUGCUCCGUUCUGUGGUGCAAGCGAUCAUCCUGUUGGCUAUACAGAUAAUGGAUGGACACUUGUGGCAACAACUAAGUACGAAGACCAUCUGGCUCUCGAGCUCACAGGCAAGAUUAGCCUGGAAUGUUAUGAAAUCUAUGGAUCCGGCUGCGUGACUGGUUGGAAAAACUUGUGGUGCCCGCGUAUGAGUUUCUGA